AUUCUUUGAGGGUACUAAGCUUCCUUAGGAAGAAUGGCGAUCGCCUGGUAAUCGAUCUUUGAAGUUUGAGCAAAUCAGGGAGUUCAAGAGUUUCAGUACACCGCUGCGCUGUAAGGGACGACAUGAGACCUUUCUUGCUUCUGAGCCUGAGUCUCGCGCUCUGUCAAGCAUUUCAUGCUGACUUCAAUGGCACGAGUAUCCGUGAUCUCAGAACCGAAUACGAUUUCGUGAUCGUCGGGGGUGGCUCCGCUGGAUGCCGAAUCGCUGAUGUGCUAAGCUCGAGCGGGGAAUUCACGGUUCUGGUGCUCGAAGCCGGAGGAGUUCCGCCAGAGUCGUCGAAGAUCCCGCUCCUGGCGUUGAUGCCUUACAACUCUAAGGAAUAUGACUGGAUAUACAGAAGCGUCCCGCAGAAAACUUCGAUGCUCGCCGCGAAGAACAAGGUGCGGACAUUGAACGCCGCCAGGAAUCUUGGCGGAGGCUCCACCUGGAACAUGAUGUACUACCAGCGUGGCAAUUUCGAAGACUACGAUCGGUGGGAGAGAGAUUUCGGAGCAAAGGGCUGGGGUUCCAAAGAAGUUUUGGAGCUGUUCAAGGAAGUAGAGGGCGCGGAUGACAUGGAGCUCUCAGACGAUUUCCACGGACGGCAUGGACCCUUGGGUGUGACGACGUUCCGUGACGAAUAUCCACUGAAGGAAGCAUUUUUCGAAGCUGCGGAGAAGACACUUGGUCUCAAUUACAGUGAUCAAAACGACGGGAACCACUGGGGAUCUUUCCACUUGACUGCAACCAUAAAGAGAGGCCGACGUGUCUCGUCCUUCAACGCGUUCAUCGAGCCCAAUUUGAAUCGCGGGAAUUUGCACAUAUCUUUGUACUCACAGGUCCUGAAGAUCGAUUUCGAAGAUAAACGAGCGAGCGGCAUAACAAUCAUCAAGGACGGUGUUCGGAGGAGCAUUCGAGCCUCCAAGGAAGUCGUUUUGUCGGCAGGAGCUUUCCGUUCGCCUCAACUGCUGAUGCUCUCAGGUAUCGGCGACGAAGCUCAUCUCAAAGAAUUCAAGAUUCCGCUGAGAUCACAUCUGCCCGGGGUCGGUAAGAAUCUCCAAGAUCAUUUCGGACACGUUGGCAUCCUGGCGAAGAUCCCUGACGACGACGUGCCCGAUUUCGACGACGUUCGUGGGCUGAAGCAAUGGUUGUUCGAUCAGACGGGACCCUUCGCAAAACCUCCUGGAGUCGGUUUAGGUCUUUUGUAUACAUCGACGGGAGCUGAUAAACGGAGCCCCGACGUGGAGCUCAUCCCGCAAGCGGCUAGGGAGGAUCUUCUCGGCUCGGAUCUCCCCGAUGAGAUGCUGAGAGAAUACUACGGCGAGUUCGCGGGACAGAGUAUGCUCUCUUUCAUACAUCUCGUGCAGAAACCUAAGAGUCGCGGCGAGCUUCGCUUGGCCAGUGCUGAUCCCAUCGAUUAUCCCCAGAUAGACAUGAAAUAUUUCAGCCAUCCCGACGAUGUGAAAUCUGCUGUCAGUGCUGCAAAACAAGUGGUAGAGCUUCUCCGAUCCGAUACAAUGAGGAAAGCCGGCGUUCGACUCGUCGAGAAACAUUUCCCGCCGUGCAAAGAAUUCGAUUUAUUCUCGGAGGAGUACCUUUCCUGCCUUGCGACUCAUCACACUGUGCACGUCUUCCAUUACUGUGGAACUUGCCGGAUCGGUGCUCAAGGGGAUCCCUUGGCAGUCGUGGACGAGAGACUGCGGGUGCGUGGCGUUGACGGUUUACGCGUGGUCGACACUUCCGUGAUCCCUUCCAUUCCCGUCGGUCAUCUCAAUGCACCAGUCAUCAUGAUUGCCUCCAAAGCCGGGAAAAUGAUUCUCGAGGAGUACGACGAUUCCCGCCCCAGGAAGGCAGCCGGGGAACUUUAAUUCGAAGUCGCAGAUCGAUGCUGAAUUGCGUAGGUGCAGCAAAAGGCACGAGGACCCUCGGCUUGGUCUCGCACAUCGGUAGCGGCCGCAGAGAGCUUGAAUAAAUGGGUGUAUUUUCUAAAAGAGACGAACCGAA